AUGAAGAAAGUAUACACACAUGGAAAGCAAUUGAGAGAGAAUUAUGGCACUGAAUACAGAAGGAGUAUUGAAAAUAAAGAGGAGUUCUUUGGGGAGCAAGCAAGGAUUCUUCUAAACUUUUCAAAAGACUUCUCCAAGACAUAUACAGUGGACAGUGCCUCCUCUCGUAUUAAGUGGUUUGAGGAUGGUGAAAUAAAUGCGUGCUACAAUGCAGUGGACAGGCACGCCAUCAGCACACCAAACAAAACAGCAAUUGUAUACGAAGAUGACUCUGAGCGAGUGACUGAGAUGUCAUAUCAGGAACUCUUGCAGGAGGUGCUGAUUUUCAGCAAAUAUCUCCAGUCCAAAGACGUGAAGAAAGGAGAUACAGUGUGCAUCUACAUGCCCAUGGAGCCAAAGGCACUUAUUGCAUCGCUGGCUUGUGCGCGUCUAGGUGUCUCGCACACUGUGGUCUUUGGAGGGUUCAGUGCAGAGAGUCUUGCACUCCGAAUGGAAGACUCAGAUGCAGUCUGGCUCAUCACGUCUGAUCACACCUUCAGAGGAGGAAAGAGAAUUGAUUACCUCGGAAAUGUAGCCAGUGCACUGGAGAUACUUCAGUCUGGGGAGUCUUCAUCUUGUCUAAGAGGCAUGCUCAUCUGCAACAAAGAGAGCAUUCCCAGCGAGGUGCUUUCAAAGACAAAGGGCCAUUUAGAAAUAAUUGAUUUAUUGUCUGAUCUUCCAAAGGAGACUCUGUCAAUUGAAGAUGUCCCUUGCGUCUCAGUUCCAUCCGAGCACACGCUGUUCCAUCUUUAUACAAGCGGUAGCACAGGGCGGCCAAAGGGACUGUCUCACAGCACAGCAGGGUACCUUCUGUAUGCAGCCCUUACAACUUUAAUUUGCUUCGACAUAAAAGAGGACGACAGAUUCUUCUGUACAGCAGAACUUGGGUGGAUCACAGGACACUCGUAUGUUAUGUACGGGCCACUUACGCUUGGAAUCACAACAGUUGUCUUUGGGGGCGUGCCCACAUUCCCAGAUCCACUGAGAUUGUUCCGGUCAGUGGAGCGCAUGCAGGCUACGCACCUGUACACUGCACCCACUGUGAUUAGGCUCCUUCAAAAGUCACUGCCCACGUGCUUAGUGCGCCCAUAUGACAUAAAUGAGUCACAGGAUAACUUAACACCUGCAGUCGACCAUGUCCCAAAUUCACCAAUCAGCAGCCGAUCAAUAUUCACGCACGGUGUAACAGACACAUUCGACAGAAGUAGGUACUACAAGGAAUAUAAUGCAUCUGAGGUUGCACUGGACAAAAUAGACCUGUCUUCACUGAGGGUGCUUGGAUCUGUUGGGGAGCCAAUUAACAAGGGAGCGUACGUUUGGUUUUCAAUGUACUUUGGAAAUGGAGUGCUCCCAGUGAUUGACACAUACUGGCAGACUGAGGCAGGGGGUGUUAUGCUGUGCCCUCUCAUCAGUGUCACAGAGUACAAACCAGAAAGUGCUUCAUUCCCCUUCUUUGGCAUGCAGCCUGUUGUUAUGAAAAAGACCACAGAAGUAGAAGACCCAUCAAGCCACAAAGUUGAAGAGGUUGUUGGGCAGACAGGAAUCCUUCUUUUUAAGGACUUCUGGCCGGGUAUUGCAAGAACCAUUGUGAAGAAUCAUGAGAGAUACUGUAGUGCAUAUCUUCAGUAUCCUGGGUACUUCUACACCGGGGAUGAGGUGCUGAAGGACGGAAAUGGGUACUACUGGAUCAGAGGCAGAAUUGAUGACGUGAUCAACGUAGCAGGUCAUAGACUCAGUACUGCUGAGAUUGAGAGUGCUGUGUGCUCGGUUCAAGGUGUUGCAGAGGCAGCUGCACUUGGAGAAGAGGAUGAAGUGACAGGGCAGGGUGUGACCAUCUUCAUAGUCAAAUCCUCUGAUGUACCAGAAGCAGAGCUAUUUGCGCAGAUAAAGGCAGUGCUAAGAAAAAGAAUUGGGUCCGUUGUAAAUCCAAAGAGACUCCUUUCUUGUCCAGAGCUCCCAAAGACCAGCACAGGAAAGAUGAUGCGCCGGGUACUAAGGAAGAUCCUGGAGGGGCAGGAAGUUGGGGAUGUCAGCACAUGCAUUAAUCCAGACUCAAUUACAUUUGCAAAAGCCAGUAUUGCUAAAUAA